GCAGAAAUGAAUCACCUUACUGUAAGAGUGAGCUGGCUGACAGUUGUCUUCAUUUGUGUUUUAAUAGGACUUGUCAUUUCAAAAGAUAGAAAUGUUUCGCCGCCCAGGGUUUUAAGAGCAGCAGUCCACGGCAACGUGACAGUGGAAUGCAAGCCUGAGACUGGUAACCUGACCGGUGACGAAAUUAAGUUUGUCCUGUUCCAGAACGGAAGGAAGGAGAGAUGCUUUGGGACCAAGAAACAAAAUGAUACCCUUCACGACAGCAGCAGUCCUGAAGCCUGCCCUGUGAACUUCGGCCUCAGUCAAGCCUAUUUUACACUCUCACAGCUGCAAACACAUGACACAGGCAUCUACAGCUGUGACAUAGAAGUGCUCUACCCACCACCUUACAGGAAAAUCAAUGGAUCCACCACAGUCCUCAUUGUCGAUGAAAACGAAUGCAAAGAACCCAUAACACCAUGUGGUUCAAACUUCCCUUUGACACUGGUGUUGAUGAUAGCAGGCUGUGUGAUUCUGCUGUACAGCCUGGUUAUCACAGUGAUAAUGGCCAUCUGUUACAUCAAACAAAAAAAUAAAAAACACAACCAGAAUGAUUACAUGAAUAUGAAACCCAGGGGGUUAAAGAAACAUCAAGGUGUUCUCCACCCAACCAGAAAUGGCAGAUACUGAACCCAACCAUCAUAACUUAACGGAGCAAUGGGAACUUCUCCAGAAUAAAAGAGACAGAAACGUAUAAGUGCAUUUCGAAACUCUAACACUGUUUUAAGUAUUUUGCUUACUUAGCGUAAACACCUCACUUAAUCAGAUUGCCAACAUAAUGUAGCAUGAAUUCCGAGCCACAGCAAAUUACUGCAAUGUUUGAAAUGAUCUGAUUGAAGUCAUCAAAGCAUUCUGUCAUCUUUUGGAACUACCCAGCGCUCACCAGUUAUCCUAAAUAGCCAAGACUUGACCUGGAGCUGUUGUAACUGAUCUGACUUCCAAGCCUUCUGCAAUGAAAUACAGGGAUUUCACUCAUGUUAUUGUCUCUUCACUAACUGCUUUGCUGUUACAUUUUUGUAUUAAUUUAACCGGAUCAUAGGAAAGGCAACAAAAAAGGGACACAUACUGAGCUGUUGUACACUUGACUGUAAUGGGAAGAACUCAAAAUUCAAAGAUGAAUUUAUUUGAGAGAUCGCUAUAAAACAGAGUCCAGCACUUGGCUCACUUCCUGAUCUAUACUGUACGUCCUUAGCCCUAAUGUAAAUAAAUAUUUUAUCCAUUACCAUUCCUAACUCUUCCUGCACUUACCCCUUGUGUGGCCUCAAAGUGAUGGGUUUGGUGUUCAGCCUGGAGCAGUUGUCUGUUUGCCUUCUGCACAGAGCUUGUUGCAUUUAUUGUUUGUGAGAAUCUAGGGGAAAAAAAACAAUAAGGGAAGAAGUAAAGUGUAUGGUGGAAAACAAUCAGUCGAGUGGUUCUGGGGUGCAUUAUUUUCAGAAUGCGUAAAGAUGAGGGUAAAUAACAGAUUUGAAAGAAAAAUGAUCUUAGGCUUGAUAUGACUGUCAAGACUUUUUUGCAACAGUGAGAGUUGGAGCUGUAAUCCUAGAAGAACCACUGGCAGAGAUGUGUACUGGAGUACUUGGGAACUGUUAACUGUUUGUCCCUUAAUUAUCUGUGUAAGCAUUAUGUUUUUCUUAUUCUAUGUAAUUAGUGUUAAAAGAAGGACAAGACAAAAAUGUCCACCAAUCACUGGGUGCAGGGAAGAUGUGGUGGCUCUGUGGCUAAGGAUCUGCGCCUGUGGCUGGAAGGUUGACGGUUCGUAUUCCACAGCCGG